UAACCAUCAUGGACAGUCACAGCAGAGAAAUCAAGUAUAGAGGCGUGAGGAAGCGGCCGUCGGGAAAGUACGCCGCCGAGAUACGAGACUCCGCCAAUCAAGGCGCCAGAGUCUGGCUAGGGACAUUCAACACCGCGGAGGAGGCCGCCAGAGCCUACGACACCACCGCCUAUUCCAUGAGAGGUCACUUGGCGAUCCUCAAUUUCCCCCAUGAGUAUAACUUGCCCAGCAGCUCCUCGCAUUUCGCAUCCUCCUCAGAUUCGACUAGGAAAGAUGAUCGUGGGAGACAAAUUAUCGAGUUCGAGUACUACGACGACAAUUUGCUAGAAGAGCUCCUUCAAUGAGUAUGGAGGUAAGAGGUGGGGGGUAUUGUUUUGUUAAAAAGGCUGAGAGAAAGUGUUACUAUCAAAAUUUAUUGUUGUGUGGUGGCUAAUAUGUGCAUGUUAAAGGGUGAUCAGAAAAGUGUCAACACACUUCAUAUAUGCAUUGAGGAUCAUUUGUUACCUAUGUAAUUGUACAUACAUACUGCCUGCCUGCCUGCCUGCAUGAAAAUUGCGCAAGCAUAAAGUGACAAUCCCAUAUUGAUUGAAUUAAUAACGUGAUUUUUCAACAA